CUCGAUGAAGGUGAGGAAUGACCGGCGAUGAUGGUCGCCUGGAUUCUUUCGUCACGCAGUGGCGGUGCACCCAAACUGUGGCGCUGUGGCAGUUGCUGCCCCAACGAAAGUAUCAACAGUCGCGGAUGCUUCCUCUGUCGGUAUCAUCACCACAAGAAUUGUCUAUCUCCACGUUUUACUAGGAACUAGCCAUAAGUCUCAAUCUCCUUUGCCAAAAUGCUUCUCGACGAAAGCCCUGCCACGCUGAUCCACCACACAAUCGGCAACUUCAACAUCCACCCCGACAAACAAGCCGUCACGCGCAUCAAUGACUCGCUCGCCACCCUCCAGCAGUCGCGCGACCUGCGCAUGCGCGAAGCAGAAUCCUCCAUGAAGAAGCUGUCGCGUCACCUGCACUCCUUGACCGCGCAACACGAGGAGGCCGUAGCGGCGCACGACGCCGGCAAACACGCCGCCGAGAUGGUCGAGCUGGACACGAAGAAAUUUCGCAUCGCGAAGGCUGCCACGGAACUGGAGAUCGAGAGCGAGAGGCUGGAGAGCGAGCUGGAGAUGCUGAAGGAGCGAUUGGCGGAUCUGGAGGCUCAGGGGUUGGAGGGCGACGAGGGGACAAGGCGCGAGAGAGAGAUGGACGAUGCGACGAUUCUUCGAUUGAAAAUCUAUCGGUCGCUGGGAGUGGAUAUCGAGGCCGACGAGGCGGGCACUUUCAACAAGGCGGUUAUUCGCAACAGUCGCAAGGGCGACGUGCACGUUGUCAACAUCGAUCCGAAGUUCUCGCGCUUCUUCUACUCGAAUUACUUCUGGUCGACCAUGCAGGGGUAGUUCCGUUGAUUGCUUUCUUUUCUACUAUUCCUUUUCGGCGUUGAAGGUUCACGACGCUACGAUUUUUCUUCUUUGCAAAGCUUCAUUGUCUACAUAAUAUACCCUGAUCUGAAAUAAAUUGCUAUACAGUUUAUACA